AAGCAUUAGCGGCGGCACUCGCCUUCCGACUUCUUCCCACCCCGCCCCGGGACAGGCGGGCAGCGGCGUUAUUUAUUUAUUUAUUCCUUGCCGGGCCGGCUUUGUGCCAGGAGAGCCUUCCUCCCUCCCUGCUUCCCUCCGGGCUCCGCCGCAGCGAGGAGCCUCCGAGGCGCCGCAGCCAGCGCUGGCAGCCGCUGGGGCGAAAUAAGCCCCCAAAGCAGCGCCUGCAACAAAAAGGCGUUUGUUUUUUCCUCCUUUUUUUAAAAAAAAUCCCCCCCCCCUGCUGCCCCCUCCCUCCUCCUCUCUUUUCCUCCUGCCUCUCCCCGUGCAAACGCAGCAAGGUGGACUCGGAGCGCAAAAAGAGCUUUGUUUUAAAAAUGCCCAUGGAGCUGACGCAAAGCCGCAUCCAGAAGAUUUGGCUGCCCAACGACAACCGGCCGGCUCUGCCCCACCGCUCGUGCGGGCCGCAGCUUGCCAAUUCGCCCACCGUGAUAGUGAUGGUUGGUCUCCCGGCCCGUGGGAAGACCUACAUCUCCAAGAAGCUGACUCGCUACCUCAACUGGAUUGGUGUCCCCACGAAAGUUUUCAACGUGGGAGAGUAUCGCCGCGAGGCAGUGAAGCAUUACAGCUCCUAUGACUUCUUCCGCCCCGACAACGAGGAGGCCAUGAAAGUCAGGAGGCAAUGUGCCCUAGCCGCCUUGCGGGAUGUCAAGCUGUACCUGAUGGAGGAGGCUGGCCAGAUUGCGGUUUUUGAUGCCACCAAUACAACACGGGAGAGGCGAGGGAUGAUCUUAAACUUUGCCAAAGAAAAUGGAUUCAAGGUGUUCUUCAUUGAGUCUGUCUGCAACGAUCCCACUGUAGUAGCUACCAAUGUUAUGGAAGUGAAGUUGUCCAGCCCUGAUUACCGGGACUGUAAUUCGACCGAUGCCAUGGAGGACUUUAUGAAGAGAAUCAAUUGUUACCAGGCCAGCUACCAGCCACUUGACCCGGAUGACUAUGAUCGGGAACUUUCUCUCAUCAAAGUCAUCGAUGUUGGCCGGCGGUUCCUGGUCAACAGGGUUCAGGAUCACAUCCAGAGCAGGAUCGUUUACUACCUAAUGAACAUCCAUGUCCAGCCCCGCACCAUCUAUCUCUGUCGGCAUGGCGAGAGCGAGUUCAACCUCAAGGGGAAGAUUGGAGGUGACUCGGGGCUCUCUAACAGGGGCAAAAAGUUUGCAUCGGCACUGAACGAGUUCGUUGAGGAGCAGAACCUAAAGGACCUCAAAGUCUGGACCAGCCAACUAAAGAGGACAAUACAAACAGCAGAAGCUCUCCAGCUGCCCUAUGAGCAGUGGAAGGCCCUCAAUGAAAUAGAUGCUGGUGUGUGCGAAGAAAUGACAUAUGAAGAUAUCAAGGAGCAGCAUCCAGAGGAAUUUGCUUUACGUGAUCAGGAUAAAUACUAUUAUCGCUAUCCUUCUGGGGAGUCUUACCAAGAUCUAGUGCAGCGUCUAGAGCCGGUCAUCAUGGAGCUGGAGAGACAAGAGAACGUCCUUGUGAUCUGUCACCAGGCUGUCAUGCGCUGUCUCCUGGCUUACUUCCUCGACAAGAGUGCAGAUGAAAUGCCCUACCUGAAAUGUCCCCUUCACACAGUGUUGAAGCUGACCCCGGUAGCCUAUGGCUGCCGGGUAGAGUCCGUCUCUCUGAAUGUUGAAGCAGUGAACACCCACAGGGAAAGGUCAGAGGAAGCAAAGAAGGGACCUAACCCGCUCAUGAGACGUAAUAGCGUUACCCCUCUAGCAAGCCCAGAGCCCACCAAAAAACCUCGCAUCAACAGCUUUGAGGAGCAUGUGGCUGUUUCUUCUGCCCUGCCAGGCUGUGUUCCUCAGGAAGUGCCCACGCAGCUGCCGGGACAAAACAUGAACAACUCGCAGAAGCCGUCGUGACUCGGUCGGCGCGGUCCUGAGCCCACCAGCGACGCCGGCUCCCAUCCCAUCGUCAUUUCUGCAGCUUGCUUGUAACCCGCUCUCCUCGGCCCACGGCGAGGUCGGCCCGCGGCUGCUUCCACCUCCGAACCCGUUCACCUGCGAGCCGCUCCGGCGAGCGGGGCCACCGAGCGAUGGGAGGAGGAGGAGGAGCCCCCGGGGCGAAGGCGGUUUCACCACCCGAGCCCCGAGGCUGUGGCUUCGCGCCGCUCUCCUCUCCAGCGCGCUGGUCUGUCGUAGCAAGCUGUAAAGUGCUUCUCGUGCACGGGAGGUUUCCAGAUUUAAUUUUCACGCGUAGGCGAUAUUAUUAUUAAUUAUUAUUAUUAUUUUUUUUAUCUCCUGUUGUAUAAUGAUUGGUACCGAUCCAUCUCGUGGUGGAGUGUAUAUAUGUGAAUGGUGCGGGGUUAGCAGAGAAAGAUGGGGUUGGGAGGACAAAAGGGCUUUUAAUUUUCUUUAUUUUUUUUUAUUAUUGGUGUUGUUACUAUUUUUCAAGAAGGCCCCUAGCGCACUGUGCUACGGUCCUUUACGCUGCAGCCUGUUACAUACACGUCUGGUCUCACUGAUGCGUGCGAGAUGCACGCAAAGAGGGCAACAGGCCAUUGCAUGAAGUCCUUCAAAGCAAAAACUGCUGGUUUUAACAGCAACAACAACAAAAGGUUGUUCGGGGGUGUUUGGACCCCGGCAGGACAGGCUAGGCUGGAUGUGUUCUGCAGAUGUGCAGGUCUCUCGGAGGCGACCAGAGGUCUUGCUAGGGUGCAGAAGUUCAUGCACUUGCCCGUGGCUUUUUUUGAUUUACUGUGUGUGCAUGUAUGUGUACACCUGGAAAGCGCUUGGUUUUUGCACUUUAUUUGUGGCAGGAGCCUAUUUUAUUUUAUUUUUUUCCAAGUCUUGCCCUUUUAGCAGGGGAAGCCUGGCCACCGCCUUUAUUUUGGGCCGGAAAGCUGAGCCGUCGGCCAAGCGGCAGCCGCAGCAGCGUGCGAGGCGAGGUGCUGGCUUAGGGACUAGCUGUCGUGAUAACCAGCUCCCAGGGGGUUUUCCAGGCACGAUCCUUUCCCGACAGCCUAUCCCAGGCCACAAGACAUGGGGUUAAAAAUGCCAAUUAACCACUACUGUUUUGUGCAAAAGUCUGUGGAUGCUGAUUUUUCCUUUUUCCCCUUUUUUU